AUGGCCGUGGCAGAGCUGAAUGAGCCACUGUCCAAUGAAGAAAGAAACCUCCUCUCAGUGGCCUACAAGAAUAGAGUUGGGGCACACCAUUCUUCCUGGACGGUCAUUAUUAGCACUAAGCAGAAGACGUCUGUAAAUGGUAAUGAGAAAAAGAUAGAGAUGGUCCAUGCUUACCAGGAAAAAAUGGAGGAGUUGGAGCUGAAAGGGGACUAUUACUGCUACCUGGCCGAAUUCACCACUGGAGAGAAUAGGGCGACCAUUGUGGAGUCAUCUGAGAAAGCCUAUAGCAAUGCCCGUGAGAUCAGCAAGAAGAACAUGCAGCCCACUCAACCGAUUAAAUUAGGCUUGGCCUUUAACUAUUCCAUUUUCUACUAUGAAAUCCAGAGUGCCCCAGAGCAAGCCUGCCACUUGGCCAAGACUGCUCUUGAUGACACCAUCACCGAGCUCUAG